AUUAAUGACACCCCUAAUUACUUCACGUGUCAUGCACGUCUAUCGAUGCGUUUAAUUAUUAAUUAAUUAUUUACGUUUUCAUUCAAUCGUAUAUUAUUUUAAUAUCAAAUUUAGAAGAAAACAUACCCAUAAUUAUAUUUAUUUAUUUAUAUAUCUAGUGUAUAUAUAUAUAUACACGCGUGAAUUCUUACCUUGUUUCUUCUCCGUCCCUCCGAUUCCGACCAUGUGGCGGCGCUGCGCUUUGGCCGCCGUAGUUUGGGCGGCGAUUGUGGGAGCGGCGAGCGGCGAGGAUCCUUACAGAUUCUUCACAUGGAACGUGACUUACGGCGUGAUUCAGCCUCUGGGAGUUCCUCAGAAAGGAAUCCUGAUCAAUGGACAGUUUCCAGGCCCCGAUAUCCACUCCGUCACAAACAACAACCUCGUAAUCAACGUCUUCAACACCUUGUCCGAACCCUUUCUCAUCUCCUGGUCAGGCAGAACGGGAUACAGCACAGGAGGAAUUCUUACCAGGACGGCGUUUACGGGACGACAUGUCCGAUCCCUCCAGGCAAAAACUUCACCUACAAACUGCAAGUCAAGGAUCAAAUCGGGAGCUUCUUCUACUUCCCAUCCACCGCCUUCCACAAAGCCGCCGGCGGCUUCGGCGGAAUUCGGAUCCUCAGCCGCCCCCGGAUUCCGGUCCCAUUUCCGGCCGCCGCCGGCGAUCUCACCGUUCUUAUCGGCGAAUGGUACAACACCGACCAUACGGUUUUGAAGUCUAGAGUAGAUAACGGCGAGCUGCUCCCCUUCCCCGAUGGCAUCCUCAUCAAUGGCCAUGGAACCAAAACCAAUCCAUUCAAGAUCAAUGUGGAUCCAGGGAAAACCUACAGGCUGAGAAUAUCCAACGUUGGCCUUCACCAUUCCCUCAAUUUUCGAAUUCAGGGCCACACGAUGAAGCUGGUCGAGGUGGAGGGCACACACACCAUCCAGACUGUAAUGGACUCCCUCGACGUCCACGUCGGCCAGUCCUACUCCGUGCUCGUCGCCGCCGACCAGACUCCCCGGAGCUACCACAUUGCUGUAUCCACACGUUUCACCGAUAAGCCCCUAACCGCCACCGCCAUUCUUCAUUACAAUCAUUCCCGGGAGCCUGUUUCCGGCCCCACACCGCCUCCCCCCACCGCGGACAUCCGGUGGUCCAUGAACCAGGCCCUUUCCAUCAGGACUAAUCUGACAGCAAGCGGUCCGAGGCCGAAUCCGCAGGGCUCGUUCCGGUAUGGUCAGAUUAAUGUGACAAGAACCAUCAGGCUGGCGAGCUCGAGCGGAUUGGUGAAUGGGAGACCGCGCUUUGGGGUGAAUGGCGUGUCGUUUGUUCCAGCUGACACGCCGCUGAAGCUGGUAGACUACUUCAACAUUUCAGGGGUGUUCCGAGUUGGAAGCAUUGCCGACAGCCCUCCUGAAAGCAGAGGCGUUCGCCUUGGGACAUCGGUUAUGGGAGCAGAUUAUGAGAUCUUUGCAGAAAUAGUGUUGGAGAACAAUGAAAUGUACAUUCAAACCUGGCAUCUUGAUGGAUUUUCCUUCUAUGUAGUCGCGAUGGAUGACGGGCCAUGGUCACCUGAGCAGCGAAAAGAGUACAACCUCGUAGAUGCUGUUUCACGCUGCACGACACAGGUUUAUCCCAAGUCAUGGACUGCAAUUUUAGUGGCGCUGGACAACGUCGGAAUGUGGAACAUGAGGACUGAGCUAUGGGCACAACAAUACCUCGGACAGCAGUUCUACAUUCGGGUUUAUACGCCUGUCGUGUCUCCCAGAGACGAAUUACCGCUUCCAGACAAUGCUCUGCUUUGCGGGAGAGCUGCAGGAAAGAAAUUUUGAUAGCUCCAGGAUGAUCCGGGGCAUUGAAGUUCGAUUACCAUUCGGAUUCCUUUCCUUGUCGAAUAAAGAAAGCAUUCUUUGACUCUAUAGUUUCUUGAUGAUCCUUGUGUAUAGACAACAUAAAAAUGUGUCCAUCGAAUUUCUGAGUCACCAAUUCUGGCCAUAUGCAGAUGGAAUAUGCUCUCUUCUUGUUUACACCGUACAUAGUUUCGAAACAAAG